AUGUCUGUUCUUAGGGCUGUCACAGCCUUCUUCAUAUGGCUCGGCCUAGUGCAGGCCAAGCUGGUCCGCGAGACACUAGAGUUCACCUGGGGCGUUGGCUCCCCCGAUGAUGUCCCGCGCCAAAUGAUUCUCACUAAUGGGAAGUAUCCAGGGCCUGACUUGGUGUUUGACGAGGAUGACGAUGUCGAGGUAUUUCUAAACCGGGCAAACCUGCAUACGGUAGUCAUUGACAAGCUUGACCUAGAUACAUGUCAUCAAUCACAUGCCGUUCAAUACGACAGUCCACUGGCACGGUCAAUCGUGAGAUACUGCCGAUACUCACUUUCUGAAACGCGACUAAUUAGAAUAUUAUGUAGAAUGGAAUCCGCUCCGUGGUCUGACGGUGUCCCAGGGCUGUCGCAAGCGCCCAUUCAGCCGAAUUCAUCUUUCGUAUACAAGUUCAAAGCUUCCCCAGCAGGGACGUUCUGGUACCAUUCGCACUUCAAAAAUGUGAUGCAGGAUGGGCAAGUGGGAGCUCUUUAUAUUCGCCACAAGCCCGACACUCCCCGGCCAUACUCGAUGAUCGCCCAAGAUGCCACCGAAGUAGCCCAGAUGCAGCACGCGGAAGCCAACUCAAACCUGGUUCUAAUAACCGACUGGACUCAUUUCACCGCCAAGGAAUACUUUCAGGCCGAGAUUGAUUCGGGCUUGAAUCUCUUUUGUGUUGACAGUAUCCUCGUAAACGGCAAAGGUUCCGUUUAUUGCCCGGGAGCUGAGUAUAUGCAAUCACUCAUUGGCCCCCAGAUCGCGUUGGUGCUGGAAGGGACGAAUCUGACCGACCGAGGAUGCUUGGUACCCAGUUUACACAAUGUUCAGGGAAGCUGGCCAAACCAGAAGCCUGAUGCUGUCCCAUCCUCAAUGCACAACAACUGCACCCCGUCGGAUGGUGGGGUGCCUAUAAUCGAGGUUGAUGCGAAGGACGGAUGGGCGAGUCUGAACUUCAUUGGGGCACAAGCGCAAAAAGGAACCACUUUCUCGGUAGACAACCAUCCAAUGUGGAUAUAUGAGGUAGACGGUCAAUUCGUGGAACCACGUCAGUACGAGAUGGUUGGAAUGUACAACGGUGCUAGGUACUCGGCUCUUGUCAAGUUGAACCAGACACCAGGAGAUUAUGCGAUUCGAAUUACGGACAAUGGAGGCGACCAGGUCAUAAGCGGCUAUGCUAUCCUUUCCUACCGUGCAGCAAAUACGACGGAGAAUGGGACUCGACCGCAAGCACAAAUUGGCCCUACGACCAAGGGAUACAUUGACUACGCGGGACAGAACACAUCUGCUAGCGUAAGGCACCUAAAUUACACAACGAACCUCCCAGCGUUCAAUGUUCCCCUGCCACCGGCAUUUGCGGACCUUACCCUGAAAACCAACAUGACACGUGUGAACAGUUCGUAUCAAUGGUCUAUAGGGAACGGAGUUCUGUACGAGCCUGAAGUCACAGCAGAUACACCACUCAUGUUCGAGAAACAGCCACUGGAUGUGAUACCAUCAAACUUCACGCUCCAAACACUCAACAACACCUGGGUAGACAUUAUCAUCCAAAUUAUAUCCGACCCAGAAAUGGACCCCAUCCAUCCACCCCACCCCAUUCACAAGCACGGCAACCGCGCCUAUAUCAUUGGGGAUGGAAUGGGCGUCUUCAAUUGGUCGACUGUCUACGAAGGAAUGCUCGAGAGACCUGACCUGUUUUACCUUAACAAGCCCGCAUUACGGGAUACAUUCGUGACGAACACCCUCACCGCAGCCUUGGACGGUGGAGUAUGGAUAGCGAUCCGAUACCAUGUCAGCGGGCCAUUCCCCUCGCUGCUUCAUUGUCAUAUCACGACGCACCAGGAAGGCGGAAUGGCCUUGGCCCUUCUUGAUGGCAUCGACGUAUGGUCUGAGCUACCUACAGCGGCAGAGGUGGUGAGACUGCAGAAUGCAGAUGGACCCGUAGGAUGA